AACAUAAACAAAAAAACAUACUAAUAUAAAAAUGUACUAUAAAAAACUUAUUACAAUUUUUAUUUUAUUAAUAAUUAGCUACUCCUCCAAUAGUUAUGAAUUACAAAAGUAUAUGAACGAAUGGUUAGUUUUAGAUCAUGGUUCUGCAAUCAACUAUAAAAUGUCCCUUGCCAAAGAUGAAUUUGUUAGAUAUAGAAUUGUUAGAGGCCCAUUCGAUCUCGAAAGACUAAAUGUUUCCUUUACAAGUGAAGGUAUGGAAGAAAACAUUGUCUUCUAUUCCCAUGCCAAACAAGAAAUUGCUACAAAAGAAAAUUGUGAAGGUGAAAAAAGACAAACUGGCUUUGUAAUUAGUAGAUGUUUAGUAUCCCCAAAUGACUAUUAUUUUUCAAUCAAAUUAGAUAACAGAUGGUUAAGCGGUGAUAUUAUCUUUAAAAUUGUUGGACAAGAAGGUGUUAGAUGCCACUAAAAAUUUCUGGUUUACUAGUUGUUUUAAAAAUAAUUAAAUAAAACUUUCUUUUUUAUUAUAUCUUUUCAUUAAUUUAAACUAUAUAU